AUGGCGAAACCCAUGGACCACGUGAAGCGUCCAAUGAACGCUUUUAUGGUGUGGUCGAGAGCGCAGAGGAGGAAGAUGGCACUGGACAAUCCGAAGAUGCACAACUCUGAGAUCAGCAAGCGCCUCGGAGGAGAAUGGAAACUUCUGUCGGACACUGAAAAAAGACCUUUUAUAGACGAGGCGAAACGUCUCAGAGCUGUUCACAUGAAGGAGCAUCCGGAUUACAAAUACAGACCCCGACGGAAGCCUAAAAACCUCGUUAAAAAAGACACGUAUCACUUUAAUGUGGCGUAUAAUUUGGGUGACAUGGACCAGCUGAAAAGUGCGCGGUUACCCGGCGACGCGCUCGCGGACUCGAUGAUGGGGAACGCGGAGAAAACUUCAGCGGCUACCAGAAUGUUUUUCGGUCACCAUCUGUCCGCCAACCCCUAUCCAUUUCUCGACGUGACCUCUAAAAUGUCGGAAUUACCCCAUGCACCAUUUCCAUCUUAUUCUGUGCUCGGUUAUCCCGCUGGAAUCUCCGCGUUUCCCGGGAUGGGGAUCCUGGCUGGCGCGUCACACGCACAUCCGUCUCCGUGUAACCAGGGCCACAUGUUGCACUACAACUAUCCGGGCUGGCCGCCGGGUUCUGCGGCUGCUGUUCCUUCAGCUUAUUUGCUUUUACCAAGAAUGACCAAAGCCAUGCAUGAACCUUAUCUGGCGUAG